AUGGGAAAUUGCUGCAAUAAAGCCAAUGAAAAAGAAAAAGCUAAUUCACAGUCUUUCAUACUAGACAAAGAAAACUGGAUGCUAAACGGAUUUUGCACGCCUUCUAUAUAUUUUGAAGAAGACAAUAACAUUAAUUACGCAAAGAGCCAAGACAAACUUGGUAAAAAUUGCCAAAAAAUAAGAAAGUCACUAAACAGAGAAUUCGCAUACUCUGAAAGAUUAUACCAAGUAGAGCUACUCAAAUUAUGAAAAAACAAUAUAAGAGCAGGCAUUCCUAAUUGCCUUAUCCGUCCUCUUUUAAUCAAGCUUUUAGACAUAAAAGAUCAGGCCUCCGUUUACAACAUCACUUCAAUUCAAGCUUACCCUGAGACUGACUCCCACAACAGUGAGUUCAAAGCUCCUGAGUCUCCCCCUACGUUUUCUUCAAAUUCUUUAUCUGAGCUAGUCCCAAAGUUUUAUGUCACUCCAGAAGGUAAAACUGCCCUAGAGCGCAUACUAUUUGUUAUAGAAAGCUCGCAUAUUAUAGAAUUUUGUCCAGAAAUAUCAAGCUUUAUAUCAUUACUCCUUAUCUAUUUCAAAGAGCAUGAAGCCUGCUCAAUAGUUUCAAAAAUAAUCCGAGCUUCUUGAGAAAAAGAUGAAAAAUAUAGAUGGCAUUUCACGUUGACAGAAGAAGAAUUAGUGAGAUUUAUGACUUUUUGCGAAGCAAUUUUAAAGAAAAAUAUCUAUACUUUAAGGCCACAUUUCAUGAACAAUGUAAAUAUAAUAGGUGUCGUCAGGGAUAUGUAUAUUACUAAUUUUAUUGGGUAUUUUAAGUUACCUAGUCUUUUAAGGAUAUUUUUAUACUUUAUAUCAGGAGGAGCCAAAGCAUUUUUGAGGGUUGUGUAUGCAAUUUUUUAUUUCUUAAAAGAUGAGAUACCAGAAGAAGCAGUGGAUAUCAAAAGCCUAGUUAAAUCGAAAUGUGACACUUUAGAUAUUGAUGGAAUACUCCAAUGUGCUGCUCAGGCAAAGUUGUUUCCUUGCCUGAAUACAAAUUCAAAUUACCUGGAGAUGCCAAUUCCAAAGCGAAAUUCAAGUAUUUUUAUGUCAACGCUAAUUGUGGAGUCAUCAAUAUUAAGCAUCACUGACCUCUAUUGAAUUUGGUCAAAUAUGACCGAUUUUUAUAAGACAUUUAUUCCAAAAUUAAUUUUUUCAAGCAAAACUGAUGGUUCAUCAAUUUCAGCGAUUUUAGGGAAAUGCUCAAACAUUGACCAAAAAGUCCCAGUAAUUUUGGCUAUUUCUUCAAUGGAAAAUUAUGUUGUUGGAGCAUUUUUGGACUGCAUAUUUCAUAUGGAAAAUGAUUAUUUUGGAAGUGGAGAGUCAUUUGUAUUUUCCCUUAGUCCAGUUAAGAAGUUUUUUCAGUCUACAGGAAAUAAUGAAUUAUACUGUUAUGUACAAAAGGACAUGAUGAUAUUUGGAGGUGGAGGACAUGGGCCAGCAUUAACAAUUGAUGGAGAUCUGAUGAAAUGUUCUUCAUACCAGUGCGAGACUUAUCGGAAUGAUGUACUUGGGAGCUCGACUUUUGAUAUUAGAUGCCUUGAGGUAAUAGUGUUAGCUGGAUCGUAA